CGACAAGUGUGAAUUUUGGCGAAGAGGAGCAGAAAGGUCUGUGCUGCGUAGAACAGCGCUGCCUCUGCAUGCCUUUGCUGAAAAUCGGCCUCAUUUGAUUCCCUCUGCCAACUCGCCUCAGUCGAGUGUGAUCCCCGCGUGUCCAGCUGCCUGAAGAGAAGGGGAGUGAUUGUUUCAGCGCGAGAGUGAGUGUGCGUAGGCGGCAAGAUCUCGGUCCUGUUCCUUGCCUAGAAUCGGUGUCCUGUCGCGCGACUAGCAGCGCACCUUUGUGGGGAGACCGUGAUGGGUGCGAGGCCGAGUAGCGAGGUCAAGGUGGCUCACAGCGGAGCAGCGGCAAGCAAUGUGGCGGCUCCCGCUGCGAGUGCGAGGCGUCCGGAGUACCCCCCUGGCACAAGCAUGAUGGACAUCCCGCAUGACGUAAGCACAAGACGUACGGGAUGGAGGAGGACGAUGCUGACGUUUGUAUGUCCUCUGUGGGUGUUGUUGUUUGUCUCUGCAGGUUGAGUGUCCGAUUUGUCUCGAGGUGUUUGAGCGACCGGCCACGCUCUCAUGCGGUCAUACGUUCUGCUUGUCAUGCGUUGCUGGCAUGCCCGCCUGCCCCGUGUGCAGGCAAAGCAUCGACAACAAGCCUAAGGUGGGAUGAGGGAAAACGGCGCACACACGGAGGGGAGUGUUGAAGGUGGGCUCUUCUCGCGUGUUGGUCGUGUUGCAGGAGGAUGUGUGUUUCACGCGGCGCCUCACGUCUGAGUCUCGUAAGCGACAUCUGAACAGCUACUACACACAAAAUCGCUUCACCGGCAGCAUUUCAUCCUGGUUGUGUCAUGGUUGGUUGGUUGGUUUUGCUGUCAGUGUGGUGCCGUUGCGGUGCGAAGGUCCCUCUGGCGGAAGCAAAUGCGCAUGCCAGCAAGUGCCCCGACUGCAUUGAGUCCAGAUGCUCCACCGAAAAAGCCAAAUACGUCCCGCGUACGCAGCCCAGCCACAUCAAGCGCGACAUGCAUCGAGAUUGGACAUGCCACCGGUUGUUCUGGUUGAUUUGUUUGUCCCUUUGUCAGCGUCGACUCGUUCGGGUGCGUCGUCGUCUGGUGGUGCGUUAGGCUACUACCCCACGGCCACGUCGACCUACGACUGCCCUUUGUGUCCGAUGGGGCCCUUCACCGUGCAGCAGCUCAUCCGACACUGCGAGCAACACCACUCGUCCGGCAACCGAGCCGCUGUGUAAGUAUCCACACACAGACACGUAUGCACGGACACACAUGACGGUCGUGGUGUCGUGGGUCUGUGUGAUUGCAGGUGUCCAAUAUGCGCGUCGCUUCCGUGGGGCGAUCCACAUUAUUGGAGCCGCAACUUCGUGGUGAGGAGACUGCGUCAAAGGUGGCGAUGUGGUGUAGAUCUGCGGCCUGAAUUCUCUCUGUCAGGCGCAUCUGAGGCAGCGACAUCGGUACCACGGCGACUACGGACACAGUGCAUCCACCAGCAGCUCGGCCGCAGCGAGCGCUGCAUCGGUGAGACAGGGAGGGAUUGAGGGAAGGAAGACGCCAGCUGAUACCACACCUCUCUGCUGGUUGCUUGUUGAUGUCAGGGUGUGUUGUAUGAGUCUGCCCAGUCGUCCGCUGCCCUGAUGGAGUCGGAGGACGUCGUGCUGCAGCGCGUCCUGCUCGAGUCCCUCACCACAGCCAGCCACCCGCCCCCUCCCCCUCCUUCAUCGCACCACACCGACGUCAAUGCAUCCUCGCCUGCAGCUGUCUACGCCGCCCUGUCUGCCUGCACCAACAGCAGCACCACCAUCGGCAGCUCCACCACUCAGUCGGGCAGCAGCAGCAGCAGCAGCAGCAGUGAGGGGGGCACCACGAACGACUCGCCGGCGCCAUCGCCCGGUUCCUCGCCUGUCAUGUCGACACCCCCGCAGCCACGCACUGUCGAGAGCGACUGACUGGUGUGGUGGGUGGGGGUGGGAGGAUUAUUUAAGGGGGGCGGGGGUUGCUGUUGGUGUGAGUGGAGUGGGUGGGUGGGUGGGUGGGCGGCGUUGCAUUUGGCAUUUUCUUUGUGCCUUUUUUUACUACUUGUGAUGGGUUGGAUCAUUGGGCUAUGGCGUGGCGGUAAUUCGUGUCCAUCGGUUGUGAGAAGGGAUGCGCACUGGCGGGGAUGGAAUGCUACAAUGUUGCUGGCUUGCCUCAUUCUGCGCGUCGCAGUUCCGAGUCUCUUUGCUUGCUGCUUGGUAACGCCCUUGACUGUUGCUGUCAUCUGUAGCAGCCGAGAGCGUCAUCACGCGGCCUUACAAGAGACUCGGAACACCAUGCGCAUGGAGAGAAAGGCAGAGGCAAGGGAGCAGAUCAGCAUUCAGCACGCAGUUGCGUCUGUGUGGGUGGGUGUGAGUGCCGUCCCCUGUACCAUAAGGCGGGACGACGUGACGUGGGCGUCACCUCUUACUCGUCUCCCGUCAUCUUAUCUACAUAUCGCACGGGCACAUGCGCACCCGCGACUCGCUCACUAUCCAUAGUGCGCCACUCCCCUCUUUUUAUUCUUCCUUUCUCCCGUGUUGACCACCUAGAUGAAACAACAUCCAGACAAGGCGUUACUUUUUUUCGCUUCUCGUCCGUCAAAGCGCAACUGAUGGUGUGUAGUUUUUUUCUUGAGGAGUGUGUUUGCUAGUCGGGAGCAGAGCAGCCCGCCACCCUACCUACACCGGACUCACCAGAGUGCCCGGAUGUACAGUCUACAUCACACGGUGUAUCGCAGUCACUGCAUUGCUCGGCGCUCUGGUCUGCUGCCGGUCGUGUCAGCACACGCACACACACGUAUAUAUACUCCACACACACAUGACGGGAGAGGGAGGGUGUAAGGUCGCGUGCCGUGUGUCUUGUUUGUGUCGUUCCAUUGUAGCAUAGUGAUUGUCUGUCUGUCUGUCUGGUCGUCGUGCAUACAAACUUGCGUCCAUGGAAACACGGGUGAAGAUGAGUGGAUGGGGAGGGGGGGUCGGGCCGUUAUGAUAUCCAUGCCGUGUUGUGUUGUUGUGUGUAUUUGUCCAUGUCCAUUCGCGUCGUCUGUAUGAUGAAGGACGCCUCUCGCAAGGGCGAGAGGCGUUGGCUCCCACGCACCCGUCCGGCACACGAUGAGACAGGUCGCUAGGUGGGCAGUAUGCAUAUUAUACAUCACGUGUGUCGGUACGGAGGCGCAGUUGUAUGGUCGCUGUUCACACCGUUCACACAUACACCCAGGCGGUCACUUUUCUUCUUCGGGCACAUAUCGAUGGGCGUAUCGUAUAUAUGAGUAUUCAUAUGAAUGCGUGUUGCAUGGAAGGUGGUCUCACUGAAUGGUGAUGAUGAAUGACAUCAUGGCAUUGCAUUGUACACUAGCUACGGUAACUGGGCGUGCGUACCUGUGUGUGUCUCACUGACUACACUGCCUGCCUUGCAUACUGCCUGUUGAAGUGCGGGCGGCUGCUGCCUUGCUCCCAGCCAAGCCCAGCAUGCCACUCUCCCUCCCUCCCCCAUUCAUGCGCUGCAUACGUACAUACGUACAUGUUGGUGUCGUUUAGUCGAUCAUACAUACAUACGUAUACACAUGACACGCAUACGUAACACACGCGCCCGCCACACCACAUGCAUGACACAACAACAACACACAUCACAUCGGACUCAUUUUUACCCGCGGUGCCGUGUUGUGUGUGGUUUUGACGGACAGCGAGAGGACGGGCGAACAGACACACAGGAACAGACAGACAGACAGACAGUGACAACCGUGGCUGUGGUUGCCAUGCGGUCGGUCGCCAUGCCUCCGCAUUGAUGAGUGAUGGCGGCUCGUGGCUCUCGACAUACGGCCUUCAUGUUAUGUGUGUGUGCGUGGUUCGUGUCUUUUUCGUGACCACCCCGACCCCUCCUCGUAUCGCUUUGACGAUGUCUGUCCGUGUUGUGCUGUGAGUGUGUGGGUGGGUUGAUUUUGGUGGGCUGACUAGGUGGCUGGCUGGCUGGCUGGGCGGUUUGGCGGUCUUAUUCGCUGGAAUGUAUCUCAAUCUCAAUAUGAUGACUCCAUCUACCUCCUUUUGUAUUUUUGGUUGAACGUAGUCGUCAAACGACACCGGAAAAGACGACAGAGGACACACAGCACCCUUCGUUUGUCUUCGUCUUGCUGCUGCGUGCCUCGUGGAUCUCUAUGUCGCUUAUACCCGUCGAUUCGAGCGCACUUCUUUUUAAUUCACGCAGCUGCUGGACAGAGAGGGAAGGUGCUCUGGGUGUGGUGGUACUAGUUAUGCCUCACCGCCUUGCCAGUCAUUCUAGCUAGCGGACAUACCCAUCCGUUGUGCAUGUGCUGUCUGUGACCGACUGACUGUUUGUCUGACUGACUUGCUCCGCUACUCCAUGCAUGAUGUUUGCGUGCCUUUCCGUCUUGGUGUGUACUCGAUUUAUGAGUGUAUCUCUCCC